AUUUCAAGAUGGCUGCGCCCAGGAAAGUGUACGUUGUUGGAGUUGGCAUGACAAAGUUUGAGAAGCCAGGCCGGCGAGAUGACUUUGAUUAUCCAGAGAUAGGAGUUGAGGCUGCCACAAAAGCCUUGAAGGAUGCUGGUAUUGGCUACAAUGAGGUACAACAGGCUUGUGUUGGCUAUGUCUAUGGUGACUCCUCUUGCGGUCAGAGAGUGUUGUACCAAAUUGGGAUGACAGGCAUUCCAAUCUACAAUACUACCAAUGCCUGUGCAACAGGAUCCACUGCCUUGUAUAUGGCAAAACAGUUCAUAGCCGGAGGUAUCAAUGACUGUGUUCUUGCCCUGGGCUUUGAGAAGAUGGAAAGGGGUUCUCUGUCCCAGAAGUACACCGACCGAGCAAGCCCUAUGGAAAAGCAUGUUGAGGUUCUCAACAACACAUAUGGGAUUGAAGCAUCCCCUAUCACUGCUCAGAUGUUUGGCAACGCGGGGCGGGAACACAUGGAAAAAUACGGAACAACACUAACACAUUUUGCAAAAAUUGCCCACAAAAAUCACAAGCACUCUGUGAACAACCCGUAUUCCCAGUUCCGUAAAGAGUACACUCUUGAAGAGAUCAUGUCUUCACCAAAAAUUCAUGAGCCACUCACAAAGCUUCAGUGCUGUCCCACAUCAGAUGGUGGAGCAGCUGUUAUCUUGGCCAGUGAAGCCUUUGUCAAGAAACAUGGUUUGGAGAACCAGGCAGUGGAGAUCAUUGCUAUGGAAAUGGCCACUGACUUUGCAAGCUCUUUCGCUGAAAAUAGCUGUCGGAAAAUGGUGGGUUAUGACGUCUCCAAAGCAGCUGCCGAGCGAGUAUACAAGAGCUCUGGCUUCAAGCCUACUGAUGUCGAUGUGAUUGAACUCCAUGAUUGUUUCUCGGCUAAUGAACUCAUCACAUAUGAAGCGCUUGGUCUCUGUGGCGAAGGAGAAGCUGGCAAGUUCAUUGACCGAGGCGACAACACAUAUGGCGGCAAAUACGUGAUCAAUCCAAGUGGUGGUUUGAUAUCCAAGGGCCAUCCCCUGGGUGCUACAGGGCUAGCCCAGUGUUCUGAACUCUGCUGGCAGUUGAGAGGCCUUGCAGGGAAACGCCAGGUGCCCAGUGCCAAGAUUGCCCUCCAGCAUAAUAUUGGACUUGGCGGUGCAGUGGUGGUGACGAUGUACAGACUAGGAUUCCCACAGAAGAGUGGACGAGUCCAGGCGGUCCCCGCAAGUGGUACGAAUGAUGGAAGUGAUUUCAAAUGUGCUCCCGUGUUCAAGGAAAUCACUGCAGCACUUGCCAAGGAUGGCGCAUCCCUCGUUAAAAAGAUGAAGGGUACAAUUAGCUUUAAUGUGACCGGUGGACCCGGAGGCAAAGAGGGAAUCUGGUUUGUUGAUGUCAAGAAUGGAAACGGAGCAGUACGAUUUGGAGAUAUGACCAAAGCUGAUUGUGCAAUCACGAUGACUGAUGAUAAUCUAACAUCUAUGAUGACAGGGAAGCUGAAUUCACAAACUGCAUUCUUCCAAGGCAAGCUGAAGAUCAAAGGAAAUAUGGGACUGGCAAUGAAACUGAAGAACUUCCAACCACCCAAAUCAAAACUCUAAACUGGACACAAUCCUGGGUUAACCCUUUUAGGGCUGAGGCUAUCAAGACCAAUUAAAGGCAUGAUGAAUAGCCUCAAAAUAAGCACUUCAUGUACAUGGAGUUCAACAAGUGCAAUGGUUUCUGUGGAGUUCUAAUUUUGAUGACUUUCAUCCUGCCUUAAAUACACAAGUAAAGAGAUCAGCUGACCAAUAUCUCCCAUACUAAGGAUAGGCUUGCCUGAUACAUUGUGCAGUGUUCAGCUAUUGGUGAGCUGAUAGCUUUGAUUCUUGAAAAAAAAGAGUACAAGUUCGUUCCCAAUUCUUGUAAUUUUAUACUUGAAAUAUGAGUGAUUUUUCAUCAAUUUGUUAAAAAAAUUAUGUUUCCAUUAGCGAAUCAUUCUUUAAAAUGAAAUACCAGUGUUAACCAUUCCAUUUGUUUAGGCUUUCCCUGCCUCUAAAGCAUGUUCUUAGAUUGCUUUUAAGUCUUUGAUGGAAGAUUGUGGUGACAUAUUAUCCUGCCAAAUUUCGUCCAGAUGUUUUAUUGUGCUAUCACCAUAUAGAUCAGCGACACCACUUACAUGUGUAAGAACAUUGUUCAUUUUCUGUGGCUAGGUUUCUUAAAUUGCCUAUAAAGCUGUCUAGAUCAAUGUAUUUUGCUCUUUUGCUAUUUCAUGUCAGAUUCGCUGAGCCAAAAUGAAGAGAUUCUUACUGUAUGGUUGCGAAUUGAAAACUGCUUGUGGUUGAGCAAGAUGUUGGCAAAACAGUACAUGAAUUUUCAUGCUUUGCUUUAGUAAAAUGUUAACAUGUGAGCUCCAAGUUGCGGUUUUCUUGCAGCCUUACUAAGUCCAUCUGUUUAAUUUCGUUGUAAAUAUAUUUAUGAAUAUAAGACUAAUUGUGAAAUAAUUUAUAUGAAAACAUUAUGGAAUAAAUGUACCCAUCUAUAAAAA